UACAAAGUAAUCAUCAAAUCAGUUUUGUAUAGCAAAACCCGAACCCGGAUUCUCUCUCUCUCUCCCGCGCGCGCACGUGUAUUAAAUCCACAGAGAAACAGGCUGGUGUGUGUAUAUAUAUGUAAUCACAUUUAUAGAUUCCAACUGAAUUUCGAACUUCAUUCAACUCGCUCAUCGAUCUCCCGGAUCUCUAUUCAAAAACGCUCUCCGUCUAUGAUAGGAAAUGGCGAGUGAGAGGGGAUUAUUUUCCCGUGUCCCAAGGAAUAAGGCCAUCGGAUCUCUCUUCACAAUUGCUUUCCUCAUCUUCUUCUCCUCAUUCCUUGCUUUCUCCUUUUUGUUCAUCGGCCGCGGCCUCUUGACGGCCUCUUCCACUGAUAAUGAUGAAUCUUCAACUGAUUCUAGUGGAAAGGUAACUGAUGUCAUCAAGGUCAGGACAGAAGAUUUUGGGCCUCUGAGUGUCAAAUUUUUCAAAAAGAAUAAUUUGUCUGCAUCAUGGAAAUUUAUUGGGCAAGAAACUAUCGCAGACAAUGCCAAUUCUUCUGAGUCCACUGGAGUAGCUUCAUAUGCUAAACAAGAAACGUCUAAAGCCAAACAAGAUGAGUAUAACGAGGAUCAUUCUAGUUUUCUCGGGAAACCUUCUAAACUAGCCAGAAGGCAAUUGAGAGGAAAAAGACGUGAAAAUCAAACUGUCGAUUUGGUAAAACAAGACUAUGAAGUGACUGUAAAGCUCGAAAAUGAGCCCAUUCAACGUUCUAAAUCAGUUGACUCUGCAGUUUUGGGGAAGUACAGUUUAUGGAGGAAACAAAAUGAGAAUGAAAAUUCUGAUUCAAAUGUACGAACCAUCCAAGAUCAAAUGAUAAUGGCAAGGGUCUAUAUAAGUCUUGCAAUAACCAAAAACAAACUUGACUUGGCCCAUGAGUUACAGAACCGACUGAGAGAUAGUCAACGUUCUUUAGGAGAGGGAACUACUGACUCUCAUCUGCAUCGCAGUGCACCAGAAAUGAUGAAAGCAAUGGACCUAGUGUUGUCUAAAGCUAGGGAGCGACUAUAUAGCUGCAAGCUAGUUACUGAGAAGCUAAGAGCCAUGCUGCAAUCUGCAGAUGAGCAGGUCCGUACUCUGAAAAAGCAGAGUACAUUCCUUAGUCAACUAGCUGCAAAGACAAUUCCAAAUGGACUUCACUGUUUAUCCAUGCGCUUAACAAUAGACUACUACCUUCUUCCACCGAAGAGUAGGAAGUUCCCUCGAAGUGAGAAUCUGGAAAAUCCAAAUCUUUACCAUUAUGCCCUGUUUUCCGAUAAUGUUCUUGCUGCUUCAGUAGUUGUCAACUCAACCAUUAUGAAUGCCAAGGACCCUGAGAAACAUGUUUUCCAUCUUGUUACUGAUAAGUUGAACUUUGGAGCAAUGAAUAUGUGGUUUCUAUUGAACCCUCCUGGUAAAGCAACUAUUCAUGUUGAGAAUGUCGAUGAAUUCAAGUGGCUUAACUCAUCCUAUUGUCCUGUGCUGCGUCAGUUGGAGUCUGCAGCCAUGAAAGAAUACUAUUUCAAGGCGGCAGAAGGUUCUUCUAACCUGAAGUAUCGGAACCCAAAGUAUCUUUCAAUGCUUAAUCACCUAAGGUUUUAUCUCCCUCAGGUUUAUCCAAAGUUGGACAAAAUUCUCUUCCUUGAUGAUGAUAUUGUUGUUCAGAAGGACUUGACUGGAUUGUGGGCAGUAAAUCUCAAUGGAAACGUAAAUGGAGCAGUUGAAACCUGUGGUGAGAGCUUUCAUCGGUUUGAUAAAUACCUAAAUUUUUCAAAUCCGCAUAUUGCUAAAAACUUCGACCCAAAUGCUUGUGGGUGGGCGUAUGGAAUGAACAUUUUCGAUCUCAAGGUGUGGAAGAAAAAGGAUAUAACUGGCAUAUACCACAAAUGGCAAAAUAUGAAUGAAGAUCGUGUGCUGUGGAAGCUGGGGACGCUACCUCCAGGUCUUAUGACCUUUUAUGGGCUUACACAUCCACUUCAAAAGUCAUGGCACGUUCUUGGAUUGGGUUACAAUCCAAGCGUGAAUCAAUCAGAGAUUCAGAGUGCAGCUGUUAUACAUUACAAUGGGAACAUGAAGCCCUGGUUAGAGUUGGCAAUGACAACGUACAGGGCAUAUUGGACCAAGUAUAUAAAUUAUGGUCAUCCAUACAUACGCAACUGCAAGCUAAGUGAAUGAUCAGAAUGCUGAAAAUCGAGGGACAACCAUCCUAUUUUUCAGUCUUCCCUGGGCAAAGAACGGCAAAACUGGUUACAUUAUUUGACGGGCUGAUUGACUGGUCAAGGUGAAAUCUUUGCCCUUUCCUGCACCAUCCGUUCUUCUUUUUGAUUCAACUUAAUUAAUUUUGGCAUUCCCUUAAGGGACUUGGUGAAACCGAUGCCUGCUUCACCUGCAAUAACUCCUUUGUACUGAUCAUGGAGAUAGAUCUCUUCAUUGGUUAUAGAAGAUUAUGUAGUUCACCAUGCACUCAUUGAACAACAGCCUAGUCAAAAUUUUCAGA